GGGUCCGAAACCUAUUUAGUUAGUCACGACAGUUACGAAGAAAACACCUGAUGAUCUCUUGGACAAUCCGCUCCAUAUCUCCUUUAAGUGUCGAAAGAUAAUCUACCUCGAAUCUUGAUUUUUGUCGAGUUUUGUGUUAUUUCUCUGAAGCCUCUCCAGUUGUAAAUCUCAUAUUGUCCAUUUUUAUAGAAAUACUUAUAAAUAACGUAACUAGGUGAUAAGGAAACAUUGCACUAUAUUUCGUAUUGUUUCUAUUUCUACUAUUGUGCACUAAGAUAUUGGUGAAGAUGCACACCACGCAGAAGGACACGACCUACACGAAGAUUUUUGUCGGGGGUCUUCCGUAUCACACCACAGAUUCCAGUCUCAGGAAAUAUUUUGAAGUGUUCGGAGAAAUUGAAGAAGCAGUCGUGAUUACCGACCGACAGACCGGCAAAUCCAGGGGGUAUGGAUUCGUGACGAUGGCGGACCGCUCGGCUGCAGACAGGGCCUGUAAAGAUCCCAACCCCAUCAUCGACGGCAGGAAAGCCAACGUCAACCUGGCGUACCUUGGGGCCAAGCCACGGGUGAUGCAGCCAGGUUUCACCUUUGGUGUUCCACAAAUCCAUCCUGCCUUUAUCCAAAGGCCUUAUGGGAUACCUGCUCACUACGUAUACCCUCAGGCCUUCAUGCAGCCAAGCACUAUGGUCAUCCCUCACGGCAUGCAGCCCAGUGCCGCCUCCACCGCCUCCUCCCCUUACAUCGACUACACCGGAGCCGCUUACGCACAGUACUCCGCCGCAGCUAGCGCUGCCGCCGCAGCCUACGAGCAGUAUCCCUACGCCGCCUCCCCUGCGGCGGCCGGGUACCUAACCACAGCCGGUUACGGCUAUGUUCAGCAGCCCCUGGCUACGGCCGCACCGGGGUCAGCCGUCGCUGCAGCCACGGCCUUCGGUCAGUACCAGCCUCAGCAGCUGCAAGCUGACCGCAUGCAAUAGCAGCCACUGCAGCCAUUGGACACAAGGGGAUGGGAGGUCCACGGCCGGCCUCGGCUGAUUGGCUGUGAAGGGGAGAGGAUGAUGAAGAGGAAGAGAGAGGGGCCGUGUUGUUAAGUGACGGAGUCGAUAAGAGGGUGGUGAUGAUGAUGAUGGUGAGGUGGGAACUCCAUACAGUAGCUUUCCAACUUGCUGUGCUUAAACCAAAAAAGAAAAAAAUAGAAAACGUUACAGAUUCACAGAACAAAGUAAGGAAGGUGGAUUUAUCCUUAUGAUUAUUAUUGUUGUUAUUAAUAUCAUUAUUACUAUUAUUAUAAUUGUAGUAGAGUAUUUAUUUCUAGAGGAGAAAUGCAACAACUAAUCACUGUGGUUGUAGCUUGGUGUAAAACAUGACUUUAUGUCCCAUUGCUGUCAUUAACAUAGGAGAGAGAGAGCGUUCUCUUUACGGGACACUUAGGCGUGUCCCAAAGUGUUUUGGUUCUGAAGCCCUUGCAACCUAUAUUUAUUAUCACAUUUCGAGGGCUCUUGUCCUUCUGUCUUUUCAAGUGCAUUGAAGUUAAUUUUCUGAUAAUCAGGGAAAUGUAUCAGUUUCCAGUGUGUUAGUAAAGACAAGCUCUGCGUGUCAGGGAAUAGCUGAAAUAACUGUGGAGAAAAGGAGAAGGUUUGUAGCUUGUGUCACACGUUAAGAACUACCUUUUUAACUUCCUGAUGCUGAAUGUCCCUUUUUUGACUCUGUAUCUUGACCUCUUGACCUAUGCAAAGCAAACAAACAGUUCACCAGGAGACAAAAAAACUGCAGGAAUAACCGAAAAUGCCAUCAACUCUUCAAAGUGCAUCACAAACAAUAUGAAGGCAACUCACAAAGAAAGAAAGAAAAACAUGUUUUCAGACAAUGAGAAGCACCAAAUCAGUUAGUCUCAAACACACGCACACGCACACACGCGCACACACGCGCACACACACACACACACACACACACACACACACACACACACAGUUGCGUACAUAGUGGCAAGGACAAUGGGCCCAGUCGUGCUCUCUGGCUCUGUGCAAUGGGAUCUAGUCAGAG